CACAGGCUCACCGCACACUCCUUCAGUCAGGUUUUCUUCUUCUUUUUUGAGCUUCCUCAGUAUUGCAGGUAUGAAGACAGUCGUAUGAAGUACCGCAAAGACAAAAGAGGCUUCGUUUCAGUGUCUCCAUCUCAACAUCCGCUGUGCAGAACGAUGCAGGCGUCGCGCGGGGCUGAUGUGGAGCUGUCCGCGGUUCUGAAAUCGAGCGCUUUGGUUCCACAGAGACAUUCAUCGACGUGAAUGCAAGACCAACGAGGACAGUCACAUCUAGCCUGCGUGGAAAGCAUGAGGAGGGUUUUAAUGCCCACCCCGCUGCUCAUAUUGAGCUGUCUCGGAGCGUCGUGGGUCUUGGCUGACAGUUUGGCUGCUCCAGUGAACGUGUCCAUCAGAGAUCUAAAGGGCAGCUUUGCUGUGGUCACAUGGGACAUCCCAGAUGGGGAGCCAGUCAUUGGCUUUGCCAUCACACAACAGAAAAAAGACGUCCGCAUGCUGCGCUUUAUCCAGGAAGUGAACACUACCACACGGAGCUGUGCAUUGUGGGAUCUGGAGGCAGAUACGGAUUAUAUAGUGCAUGUUCAGUCCAUCAGCAUAAGCGGGCCAAGUCCCCUCAGUGAACCUCUGCAGUUCAAAACGCCAAAAGAUGCUGAAACACAGGCAUCUAAGAGCAAAGACGAAGUGACCAUGGAAGAAGUGGGUCAGAACGCUCAGCUCCGGGCAGUAGAGCUCAUCAUCAUCGUGGUGGUUCUGAUCAUGUGGGCAGGUGUGAUUGCGCUCUUCUGCCGCCAGUACGACAUCAUCAAAGACAACGAGCCCAACAAUAACAAGGAUAAAGCCAAGAACUCAUCCGAGUGCAGCACCCCUGAGCAUCCGUCAGGAGGUCUGCUGCGCAGUAAGGUAUAACCGCUGGCCUGCGUGAGGCCAGACCACACUAGGCAGUUCCCCAAGAACAACAACAAUAACCCAAUGCCAUCUGUGAACAUUAUCAGAGUGUGACAGGAUGGUUUCUGCCUCGAUGGAUUCUGUUUUUACCACACGGACACAGAACGGCUGUAUGUGCUCAUAAUCCAAACAGGAAGCAGGAAUAUUGGAGUUUCCUGAAAAAAGCUGGAAUAAUCCAUAGCAAGCAUCUGAAACAUAAGCCAGAAUGGUGAACUUUCACACAGACCUGCUCUGGCUCCAACAGUCUGGAGAUGAGACCAAAUCUGUGGCUGUUCAUGACAGAAGAGAGAAAGAAAGAAAUGCAGGGAAAAAGAACCUUCUAACUUCUCUUUCUCACUUUACAAACAACUGGUGUCGGCAGGAAGAUCUGUGCCCAUUUAAAUUUUCCUUUUAAACUUGAAAACUCUUGAGCUCUGCUCCUUUAUCUGGAUUUCUCUUUUACUCUUUUCAAACGGCAUGAUCCACGUUCCUCUCAAUGGUGGUGAUGGUUUUAUUAUACAUUUAGAAGCCACUAAAUGCAGAACAUACAUUUCAAGCUG